AUGUAUAUUUCAUCAUUAGUGGCUGACGACGAGGAACAUGAAGAAUUCGAGCAAUCUGGCUCAGGUGCUUCUCUCACCUACCCCAUGCAAUGUUCUGCUCUCCGAAAGAACGGCUUCGUCCUAUUGAAGGGUCGUCCUUGCAAGAUUGUUGACAUGUCUACCUCAAAGACUGGAAAGCACGGUCACGCAAAGGUCCAUCUCGUCGGAGUCGAUAUCUUCACCAACAAGAAGCUUGAAGAUUUGUCUCCUUCAACCCACAACAUGGAUGUCCCCAACGUAUCUCGUAUCGAAUACGCACUUUUGGACAUUGAAGAAGACUUCCUUUCCCUCAUGACUGGCGAUGGAUCUACCAAGGACGACGUCAAGGUCCCAGAAGGAGAAGUCGGUGAAAAACUACGUGCCGAAUUUGGAGAAGGAAAGGAGUUGUUGGUGACUGUCAUCAGCGCUAUGGGUGAAGAGGCCGUCACUACAUUCAAGGAGGCUCCCAAAUCCUAA